AUGAAUCUACUCGACAUGAGCGUCAGGUUUGUGGAGGGGAUCAAUUUACUCUUGCACCACGGGAGGUGCAGCAUGGAUGCCUCAGAGGUGGAGAGGCUGAUGCAAAGAAUCAACGAGGUGCAGCUGCUUGUGAGAGACUCGGAAAGGAACUUUCGGCAGAUUCUCAAGAGUACUGAGGAGGGCAAUGUUAGGCGCAGUAGUGUUGUGAUCAUAACAAGAGAUAAGGUGCCAAUAUGCAUCCUUGGAGAAGAGAUAGCUAAGCCAAGCAUAGAGGACAUCGACAUAGAGAGCGUUGAGUGCAGCCACACACCAUCAUUCCAUGAGUUCAUGCCGUUUUCAAAUACCGUGUUUGUGAACACCAAGGCCCAGUUGCUAGCAAUUGAUAGGACGAUUACACAAGCUGCAAUAGAGGUGUUUGACCACACGUACAGAUCAUACGAGGGAUUUGUGUGCUUUAUCUCAGCAGGGGACACAAGGGGCAAUGUCUACGUAAUAGAUGCAAUCAAGCUUAGAACAGUCAUUCCAAGGCUGCGGCUACUUGGAUGCAAUGUCCCGAAGAUAGUUCACUGUGGAAACUGUGUCCAGAGGCUUCUCAAGGACUUUAAGCAUCUUGGAUGCUACAGAAGCUACGAGAUCCCUUCAGACAUGGUUUUUAUUGAUUGGAGAAUACGUCCUGUUCCGGAGUUUCUCCUCGAGGUCCUAUGUAAAGGAGUCUGCAGAAUAGGAGAGAUGCUCACCAACGGAGUCAAAAUGAAGACCAGCUGCACCAAGGAAGUCGAUGAGGUCGAGGACAUCGCCUCAAGAUACAGCAUCUCGAGCAAUAGGGAUGUCCUCAGAGCCCUCCUGAGGCUGAGAAGGUUUCUUGCAAAAAGCAACGACGAGUCUGUGCACUAUGUCAUGACAGACGACCAGGUAGUCAAGCUAUUGGAGAUCAGGCCAGACACACGGGAUAAGCUGCUUGGAGGGCUUAGGAGGCUCUCGCCGCUGGCAAAACAGCAUGUGAUGGACUUUCUGUAUAUAUUCAGCAGCGGAGGCAGAGGAUUUCUGUUACAGAAUCUCACGAUUUCAGGCAGGGAAUGA